AUGCGAUCGCAUUUCCAAGUUGUAGCCUGCCUGGCGACACUCUUUCCCUCCUCACUUGGCCUCGAAUUCACCUCUCCAAGCUCCGACUCGCGCAUAGACCCAAGCAAGGAUGUCGUCAUUUGGUGGUCUCUCAGCUAUACGGAUCCCUCGACCAUCGACCUUAAACUUGGCAAGUCCGGUUCGGACACAGAUCUGACAAUUGCGACGGGUGUCGUUUCAUACACCGGGUCGUAUACUGUGCCUGCCGGCACAAUACAAGGCUCAGGGUCUGGGUAUAAGAUAUUGGCUGUUGGAAACGGGGACACACUUGCCCAAAUCACCGGAUUGACGUUCAGUAGCAAAAGUGAUCAGAGUUCAAGUGGAGAUGGUGGGCAAGUGACGUUGGUUACAACAGCAACUGUCGUUCCAGUUGCCUCCACCACUUCACCUAUCGGCGGUGGCACAGAUAGUAUCGUUCCAACGGCAACCAUCAAUUCCGUUGGCGUUGUAACCCUAUCCGGAACAGGGACUGGAAGUCAAGUCACAACGUCCCUUUCCAAUUCGCGCACCGAGAGCAGUUUUGCUACCAGCACCAGCGAAGCAAGCAGCGAGUCGAAUGGCGGUGUUGCGGCAACCACUGGAAGCACAAAUACUGCCAACGGGCAGAAUCGACGAAGUGGUGAAUUCGUCCUCAGUGCUGCUGGUGUGUUGGCAGGUGUCAUUGCUCUUCUGGCAUGA